AGUGCAAAGUCUGACUCUACACCGCAGGAUACUGCUACACGAGGCACUUCGCCUUCUAGCACUUCUCAAUCUCCAAUGGCCAAGCCACCUUGCCGAAUCUGUGCAAAAAUGCGGCAGCAGGCGGCUCUGGCGAGAGCUCAAGGUUUGCCAAUGAUGAAUCCAAAUAUCUCUCCUCACAUGCUCCCUCAGAUAUCGUGCCAUCCGCCAUAUCCUGCACAUCUGCAUCCCCCUGUCAUGAAAAUGUCUCCUGCCAAUAUGCCGAACUUCGGCCCUGCUUUCGGUCCAAUGAUGAUGCCGAUGAGUAUGAACGGCUUUGGCUGCAUUACGAAACAAGCGCGCCCUUCCACCCAGAAAACAGGCAACCAAACCCCAGGGCCCGCGCUUCCUCAACAGCAGACCAACACUAGAGAAUCCAGCCAAAGUGCGGCUUCUUCGGUCCCUAACAGUGCGAAGUCUAAGCCAGCAGCUGCUCCUUCAAGUUCUUUCAAGCCUCCCGCCUCUCUCAUCCAGCCGAAUUACCGAAAGCCAUCCCCAAACUUGAUCGUGGAUGUAGCCGAGACCUGCCAGGAGAAGUUCCCUUUUGAGGAAGUGGCAAAGCGUCACAACACUACAGUCGACAAGGUCGUCGAGAUAUUUGCAGCUAUUAUCCAAGUGCCGCUUUUGCGAAGUACGACUGACAGAAGGCGGCCGGGCAGGUUGGCCACGAGCAGGGUGAAGGAUUACACAAAGGCAAAGAGAGACAUCCAGGAGGCGAGAAGUGAGGGUCAUGGUGGAGGGAACAAAGUCCCUGCCAUAACCCCUUUGGAUAUUGCACAAAGCAUGGGGCUUACAGAACUACCUGAUGGAUUCACUUUGCCUUUCAAUUGAUAAGAGUUGGAGUUUGGAAAUGCAAACGGACGUGUAAAUUAAAAUCAAGCUGAAUGCUCUCUCAUAGCGUACGGGCGCAGUACGUACUGCUUUCUGGGUCUCGGGUGCGAAAUGGAUGGUUGUGCAGGACUUAGACUGCCGUGCCAACUAGAGAAUUGUUUAGCAACUGAGAGGACU